CCUCAGUCUGUUAUAUUUUGCCUGUUUAUUUGACUUUUUACUUUAUUUUGCAGUUCAUAGAUGGUAAUGUUGUGUGGUUAGUUAGUGAAACAAUAUACUUUACAUUGCUCUAUUUGGACGAUUUACAGAGUUAUUCAUUACCAUUUGGAAGAAUGCCUAAGCGUAAACCCCCACCGCCACCUCCUUAAAGCGUAAGGCAGAUCCCCCACAAGCAAAUGAACCAAAGAAUAAGCAAAGCCGGAUGGCGGUAUUACUAGCAACAGCUAUCACCAAAGACGACACACUCAUGAAUGAGCUAAAAGAAUUGAUCAACGACGAGCCACAAAUAGAAGUGAAUGAAGAUGGUACACUUACCUCACAAAAUGAUCUUGUACCAUCAUCCUCAGAUUCUGAGGAUGAUGAAGUCCCUAAAUUAACAGGCUCCGAUCCAGAUUUGGCCUCUGACUCUGAGUCUGAUGACAGUUCUAAUGACCAUCCUGCUAACAAAAUGGAGCCUGUUGAUUUGGGGACUUUCUCAGCCAUUCAUCCACCAGUAAGCAAAAAAAAUAAGGAAAAGAUCUGGAAUAUGCAGUAUGUAGAUUUGGCCUCCCUCUAUUUUAAUAAAGACUCGUCCGAGACAAAAACCAUCUCUAAAAAUAAUUCCGGCACAGUCACAUCUAUUCAUAAAGCUGCCCCAAAACAAAUCUCGACAAUAAUGGUAUGGUGCCGAGCAUUUCAAAUAUAUGCCGACAUCUAUUGUAUGAAGUAUCCUUUAGAAUCGCCCCAAAUCUUCAGAUAUAUGUCCAUUGUCCAGAACCUUGCCAAUCAUACCAACUUUUGGCAGCUCUAUGAUGAAAAAUUUCGUCAAUGCCGGGCUAUUGAGUCCAUCCCAUGGGGUAAGAUCCAUAUUGAAACCUACCUAUUCUGUAGUAUUACACAGUCUAAACAGAAUUGUCGUCCCCAACAUGGUCAAAGAACAUCAGGCUCUAAUUCAAGAGUCCCCGCCAGCACUCUCUUUCGUAACGGAUACUGCUGGGAUUUCCAACGGUUUAAUUCCUGUGCUAAAUCAAAAUGCAGUGUGUUGCACAAAUGUGCCAACUGCGAAGAUAAGUCCCAUGGGGCAGGAAGAUGUCGUAGACCUGUUGCCCAGCGCCAACAACUGAACACACCAAAAAUGUCCAAGUACCCAUCAGACAAGAAAUCCUAAACUUCUACUACCAUCGCCUGUUUUGCCAGAACGCUUAGCCUGGUAUCUUAAUGGUUACAACAAAACAUUAAAAGAUAAACUUAUCAAAGGUUUCUCUACAGGUUUCCCACUGGGUUGUAUUGGCUCUAUACCUACUAGAAUUUCUCCAAAUCAUGCUUCCGUUACUAAACAUAUUGAUUUUGUCCGUACGAAAAUUACUGCAGAGAUUGCAAAAAAACGUAUUAAGGGACCUUUCUCUCUCCCUCCACUAGAUAAGUUUAUUUGUAGUCCCCUGGGGGUAGUCCCAAAAAAGUCACCUAAUAGUUUCCGCCUCAUACAUGACCUUUCUUUUCCUAACGGUCAUGGGUCAAUAAAUUCCCUAAUCCCUUCUGAAAAUUUAACAGUUACCUUAGAAACUUUUGACCAUGUUGCAGCCUUGGUGCUAGAAGCAGGCCGCAAUUCCCUCAUUGCUAAGGCUGACAUAGAGGAGGCUUUCCGUAUUAUCCCUAUCUCACCCGUUGAUUACUCUAAACUAGGUUUUACCUUCCAGGGAAAAUUUUAUUUUGAUACCGUUUUACCUAUGGGUGCCUCUUCUUCUGUUGCCAUUUUUGAAUUAUUUUCAACUAGUUUACAAUGGAUCCUCUGUAACAAACUUAAGGUCAGGUUUGUGUCUCACAUCAUUGAUGACUUUAUAUUUAUUGGAGCGCCUAGCAGUAAUGAAUGUCAGUCUGCCCUAGAUGCCUUUCUAUCUUUAGCAAAAGAUAUCAGCAUUCCUAUCAAACAUGAAAAGACAGUGCUUCCUUCCACUAAAAUUGAAGUUCAUGGUAUUCUCCUUGACACUUCAACUUUAAUUGCUAGCCUUCCACAUGACAAAAUUGUUUCUUUGCGUACUUUACUCAAGAAAUACCAAAAUAGACGAAAAAUCAGACUUAAAGAACUGCAACCCAUUCUAGGUCAUUUAAACUUUGCCUGCAAGGUUAUAAAACCGGGUAGGUGCUUCUUACGAAGAUUAUAUGACCUUACCUCCGGUAAAUACCUCAGUCACCAUUUCAUCAAACUGAACAGAGAUUGCAGAGCUGAUCUAAAAUUGUGGUCUACUUUCUUACAUAAAUAUAAUGGCUGCACACUUUUAACUACCGACCGUUUUAUUUCCUCAACCACUUUAAAUCUCUACUCAGAUGCUGCCAGCACAAAAGGUUUUGCUUGUAUGCACCAUAAUGCAUGGACUUAUGGAGCAUUUCCCUCUGAAGUAAAGAAACACCAUAUUAAUAUUCUUGAACUUUAUCCAAUAACUUUAGCUGUAUAUUUAUUUGGCCAUAAAUGGCGUAACAAGAACAUACGCUUCAUCUGUGAUAAUCUGGCUGUUGUAUACUGUCUCAACAAACAGUCUUCUAAGGAUGUGACUAUCAUGAAACUUAUUCGAAUAAUUGUCUUAAAAGCCUUAGAAUGCAACUUUUGUUUUAGGUCAUCGCACAUUUCAACAUCCAAGAAUAUUAUUUGUGACAAACUUUCCCGGUUUCAGGUAGACGAAGCUCUAGCUCUUGCUCCACACCUAGACAAAAUUCCGAUGGCCAUUCCAAGAGAAAUGUCUCCAAGACUCCUUUUGAAGUGAGAGAACAUUUAAUCUCUUCCUCAUU